CGGCGAAAAAGGGUCAAUGGAAUGAACAAUAUAUCAGUGCACUUAUAUGUUCAACAAAUUGCAUAGAGUUUUAUCUUUAUCAGGCAGAGUAGUAGGCAAGAUAGAAUGGGGGAAGAGAGUUCAAAUUCCAAAAGUUCAUACACCAAAGACACAAUCAUAUCCGAAGAUUUAUCUAAGGAGGCCGCUUCCUUGGUGGAUCUUCUCUUCAGCCGCGUGCUACUCCACGGGGACAACUUUCCGCCCCAAUAUCAAUCCUUUUCUGAACUCACUCGCGGCUGCCUCAAGGUCCACAACAUUCACCCUGGCAAAGUCUCCUGUAUUCUAUCUGUCAAACCUGCUAUCUCGAAUAUUUAUCGUAGCAUGCAUGGAGGAGCAGUUGGAGCUAUUGCAGAGAGGGUGUCAAUUGCCUGUGCCAGAACUGUUGUAGGAAAGGAUAAGGAACUCUUUCUUGGAGAAUUAAGAAUGUCAUAUAUUUCUGCUGCUCCAAGCAAUGCAGAGAUGGUCGUACACGGGUCUGUCAUUCGGAGUGGAAGGAACAUGACUGUAGUUGCAGUUGAUUUUCGGCUCAAGGACUCGAGGAAAUUGGUCUACACCUCGAAUGCAACAUUCUAUCACAUGCCUGUUGCAAGUUUAUGAACUUGAACUCAACACAUUUAAGUAGAUACAUUUGCUAAAGCCGUUCUGCAGCUCCAGCUAGUGUACAAUAGCAAAUCAUUGAUAUAGACUCAAGACUCUCUAUCUGUAAUCGCCAAAGCAAUAUCUCGCAUUAUCUGAGAUUCCCUCAAUUGUCUUACCAAGUGUUGCUUGGGAAAUCUUAGUAGCUUAGUUGGUUGAUUACCUCAACUCCCACCUUGUUGGGGGGUUUAAUUCUUUGAUUCCCCAUAUUGUAAUCCCCUCCCCCAUUUCCCCUUUCCCUACCCCCAAUUUGAAAAAAAUAAUCAAGUGUCGCUUGUUGAAAUACACAAUUGAACCAUGAUUUAUUGAAAGAGAAUGAAUG